AUGGCGUCCAAUUACUUCGACACCAUCAAGGGCGUUUCCGCUUUCAAGAAGAAGCGCCCCAAGAACUCGAAAACCCUCAGCGAGCUGGAAUCCCUGCCGGCGGGUAGCAAUUGGUCGACCGCCGAACUUUACGCGGCACGUCUGGUAGUCCGAGAGGACAAAAAUAAACAAAGCCGCCUCUUGCCUGCUCUCGCGCCGUACCUGGACCACGCGGCUCGCGAUUAUUCUCCCCUCCGUCGACUCGUGGAGGGACCUGGCAAGCUGGACCCGUUGGCUCCCGAGACGGAACUGGUCCACAUACACGGAGACACUCUCGGUCAUCUCUGGGCAGCCUUGAACAAGCUCGCCAACGCCUCCGGUGUUUCGGACAGCGCCGUUGCUGUUGGCGUUGGCGAUAUGCCCCCUGAUGUUGAGGAUGAUGAGAAACGCCCGUACAGCCCAGUGCCUGAGGAGGCUGCAUAUCCCAGCGCCAAUACGCGGAGCAAGCGGAGAAAGAGGCAGACGGAUGCUCAGGAGCUUGCGCCCAGUUCGACAACACAGAGCGGCACGAGCUCCCCGAGUCAACGAGACGGCUCAUCGAGUGAAUCAGAGUGGUCCCAGGGCACUAAGACUGACUACAUCGGCAAAGAGCAUGCCUCUGUGGACAACGAACUGGAACAGGCGACCGUCGACAUUGCCUCCUUGUUUAUCCGCUAUGUUCUCCGCAAUUGUCCUCCCCAAGCCAACAUGACCAAACAUAAACCCGCCUAUUUGGUCGAGUUCUCGGGCUGUGCGAAGCAGCGUCUCGGCACAAUGGGGUCGGGUGGCACUAUUCGUGCCACUGCUGACGCUGAGCUGACCGUGAGCAAGUUGGACAAGGGACACUACAACCUUGUUAAGAUGCACCUGCCAGCACUGCUCGAGGCAAAGAAACGCUUCCCUAUCGAUCAUGGGGAGCCGAAGACGACGGACCAAGUGCUUGGACAGAUGACAUGCGAGGCGCUUGCACUGCGCUUGGAGCUGCAGGCGCCAGGACAUCCUGGCACUGAAGAGUAA